CGUGCACUUAAAACUAUAUGAGAUGCACUUAUCAUCUCUGCAUUGCCAGUGCAUGGUUACAGCGCCACGUCUCUGUCCCCCAUGAAGCCUCACGGCGAUGGUGAUGAAGACACUUCGUCCAAUCAUGGUGAAAGAAUCCAACGCGAAGUAGUCGAAGUUGUGAAUCUGCUGGCUAAUCUCGAAAGGAAAUCGGUCUCUUGUAGGUCAUUGCUUGAGCUCCGGAGAAUUGCCGUCGCUGUUAGAGCAGGGAAACAUUGCAGGAGGGACCUAGAGCGCAUGAUCGGAAGGCAGUUGGAGAAGGCAACUCUGGACAACAUUUUGAUUCCAGCCCUUCCUCCACGUAGCUCCUCGUUGUACGACGUUGAUCUUGUUCUGCGUCUGGUCGAGUUCUUCCUCAAAGAGAAGGCUGACGCACUGUUUCUCACCUCGAAUUGCAAAGGAUCUGAGAGCUGUGAAUCCUUGUAUUCAUCGAGAUUAGACAACAGGUUCUCUUUACUAUCACGAACUAACAGCAGGGUAUCAGCCCCGGUAACCGCCUUGAGUUCUGAGAUCAGCACACCGCUGCAAACGUCGUUGCUGAAAGUCGGACAACUUAUGGACAAGUACUUAGCUGAAAUCGCAGCCGACGCUUACUUGAAGCCGUCAAAAUUUCUUGCGCUUGCUGAAUCACUUCCAGACUACGCGCGCCAGUCGGAUGAUGGACUGUACAGAGCAGUUGACAUAUUUCUCGAGGCACAUCCGUUUGUGAGUGAGACGGAUGCUACACGGCUCUUCAAGGUGUUGAACUACCAUAAAUUGGGCCCCGAGACGUGCAAGGCCGCAGCCCAAAAUCCAAGGUUUCCCCCAAGCUUUGCGAUUCAGGUAGCGCUUGUCCAGCGAAAUCAGCUCAAGACAACCAGCGAAGGCUCAUUCCGCAGCGACAGAUCCUAUUCCCCGUUCAAGAACAAUUCACCAAGAGUCGGCCAACAAACAGUGGUGCACCUUCAGUGCUCUUCAUUUGAGUUCACCCUUCGGCAGGAGAAGAAGAUCAAUGUCAAGAAGGCGCAAGCGUCAAGGCUUGAGAUUCAAAGCUCUUGCAAACGCUCACGAGUGGAGAUGCCUGGCGGCUUCCACCGACUGAUGCAGCUGUUCAACUCCAAGUCAAGGCAGCAUUAGCUUCACACACCGCACAAAUUUCUUUUUGCCUCCUAGGAGUGCAACUCUGUAAACAAUAGUCCCGCCUCUUGUAUAUAUUGAAAGAGCAUGGUCAUGUAACUUAGUCUUAGGCUUGGCAGGUCAUUGAUAUUUUGACGUGAUCCGCCGGCACCCACAAUAUGGCUCACGCCGAGGUGACUGUUUAAGCCUCUUGUGGAAGCCCAUUCUAUGAUACUAGUCCCGGAGAGAUGCCUGAUUUCUUGCCUCUGUUGGGAAUGCCUCCUUUCACCGCACCGAUUCUUCAAACGCUUGGUAAGUAUUCCGUGUUCAGUGACGGAGGUUGCAGACGGAACCCUCGUGCAACACGAAGUGGCUUUUGUAAAUUAUUUAAGACAAGAAUUAGUGGUGAAGAAAACGAAUGCUUCGUAGUUUUAAGCUACUUGCAAUGUUACAUAGUAGAUGCAUUAGUAGAUUACACAAAGUUUUAUCAUGUACUAUUAAUUUUUGAAACUAAAGCAUAGUGUGCCAUCUCCUUAUUCUCCUGGUCGGAGAGGUUGGUUUUGCCCUCACAA